AUGGCUGAAGGAAACGCCAAACCAUCUAAUCCGGUAGUAGCAGAAGCUCAUGAUGUCGACACUUUCCAUCCCCCACAAAAGAUGUUUGCUAAACAUCCAAGCAAACCUCAUUUAAGUGGAAUCGACGAAUACAAGGAACUGUACGAGGAAUCGAUUAAAACACCAGAUAAAUUUUGGGGUAGAUUAGCCCGUGAACUUCUCACUUGGCAAAAAGACUUCGAAACCGUUCACAGUGGAUCGUUCAUAGGCGGCGACAAUGCUUGGUUUCUAGAGGGUCAACUCAAUGCUUCAUAUAAUUGCGUUGAUCGACAUGCAAUUAAGAAUCCAGACAAGCCAGCUAUUAUCUACGAAGCUGACGAGGCUUCCGAAGGUCGCACUCUUACAUAUGCCGAGCUUCUGCGAGAAGUUUGUAAAACUGCAUAUGUUCUCAAACAGAUGGGUGUCAAAAAGGGAGAUACUGUUGCGAUAUACUUGCCCAUGAUUCCAGAAGCUGUUAUUGCUUUCUUGGCCUGUUCUCGUAUUGGCGCAGUUCAUUCUGUCGUCUUUGCUGGUUUCUCAUCCGAUUCACUUAGAGACAGAGUCAUUGAUGCUCAAUCAAAGGUUGUUAUCACUUCAGAUGAGGGCAAGCGAGGUGGAAAAUUGAUCGGCACAAAGAAGAUUGUGGAUGAUGCGCUGAAACAAUGUCCUGAUGUCACACACUGCUUGGUUUACAGACGUACCGGGGCUGAUGUUCCCAUGACUAAAGGUCGUGAUUGGUGGUGGCAUGAGGAGGUCGAGAAAUGGCCAUCUUAUAUCGCUCCCGAGCCAAUGAACUCGGAAGAUCCAUUAUUCUUACUCUAUACCUCUGGAUCAACCGGAAAACCAAAAGGUGUUAUGCACUCAACUGCUGGAUACCUUCUAGGUGCUGCAGCUACUGGAAAGUACGUAUUCGAUAUUCACGACUCAGAUGUAUUCUUCUGUGGUGGUGACGUCGGAUGGAUUACUGGUCACACAUAUGUUGUUUACGCUCCUCUCCUUCUUGGUGUUGCAACUGUUGUUUUCGAAGGAACUCCUGCAUAUCCAAAUUUUUCCAGAUAUUGGGAUGUCAUUGAGAAGCACAAGGUUACACAAUUCUACGUUGCGCCUACAGCACUAAGAUUAUUGAAGCGUGCUGGUGAUCACCAUGUCAAGGCAGAAAUGAAGCAUCUGAGAGUACUGGGAUCAGUUGGUGAACCAAUUGCUGCCGAGGUUUGGAAAUGGUAUUUCGAGAUUGUUGGAAAGGAAGAAGCUCACGUUGUUGAUACCUACUGGCAAACCGAGACCGGUUCCCAUGUCAUUGCUCCUCUCGCUGGUGUUACUCCUACAAAACCCGGUAGUGCAUCCCUUCCGUUUUUCGGAAUUGAGCCUGCGAUUAUCGAUCCUGUUUCUGGAGAAGAAAUUCACGGAAAUGAUGUAGAAGGUGUGUUGGCAUUCAAGCAACCAUGGCCUAGUAUGGCUCGCACCGUUUGGGGUGCACACAAGAGAUAUAUGGACACAUACUUAAAUGUCUACAAGGGGUACUACUUCACCGGUGACGGAGCAGGACGUGAUCACGAAGGUUAUUACUGGAUCCGAGGCCGUGUUGACGAUGUGGUCAAUGUCAGCGGUCAUCGUCUUUCUACUGCCGAAAUCGAAGCUGCUUUGAUCGAGCACCAUGCCGUUGCAGAAGCGGCAGUCGUUGGUAUCAACGAUGAGCUCACCGGACAAGCUGUCAAUGCUUUCGUUGCCAUCAAGGAUGGUAACGAGGUCAACGAUCAAUUGAAGAAAGAACUCAUCUUACAAGUUAGAAAGAGUAUCGGUCCGUUUGCUGCUCCAAAGGCAGUAUUUGUUGUCCCGGAUUUGCCAAAAACUAGAAGUGGUAAGAUUAUGCGUAGAAUCUUGAGAAAGAUUCUGGCCGGUGAGGAGGAUCAAUUGGGUGAUAUUUCUACGCUCUCCGAUCCAAGUGUAGUCGAGAAAAUUAUCGACACUGUUCACAGCGCCAGAAAGGAGUAA